AUGACGAAGAGAAAACAACUCGAAUUCCUCCGUCUCGGAAUGCCGUUCGUCGCGUUUGCCGUUCUCGGAAGUUUCGGUCUCUCGCACAUCAUUCAAGGCCGGUUGGACGUGAAAGACGCGAAACAAGAGGUGAACGAUUUUCGAGCGCCGGUGUUAGCGCAAAGGAAACGGGAGAGGAGGAAAAGGGACGAGAAAAAAAACGAGGCACAGUUGAGGGAAACAGUCAAGGAGGAGUACGAGUUGAAAGAAGUGCCCAGGCCGACGGGGAGUUGGUGGUGA